AUGGCCCGGCCCCGGAGCGCCCGCGCGCCGCCGCUCGUGGCGCUGCUGCCGCCGCUCGUGGCGCUGGCGCAGGCGGGCGUGGCGGGCGCCGCGGGCUCGGUGCGCCUGGCGGGCGGCCUCACGCUGGGCGGCCUGUUCCCGGUGCACGCGCGCGGCGCGGCGGGCAGGGCGUGCGGGCCGCUCAAGAAGGAGCAGGGCGUGCACCGACUGGAGGCCAUGCUGUACGCUCUGGACCGCGUGAACGCCGACCCGGAGCUGCUGCCCGGCGUGCGCCUGGGCGCGCGGCUGCUCGACACCUGCUCGCGGGACACGUACGCGCUGGAGCAGGCCCUGAGCUUCGUGCAGGCGCUGAUCCGCGGCCGCGGCGACGGCGACGAGGCUGCCGCGCGCUGUCCGGGGGGCGGCCCCCCGCUGCUCGCCGCGCCCCCCGAGCGCGUGGUGGCCGUGGUGGGCGCCUCGGCCAGCUCCGUCUCCAUCAUGGUCGCCAACGUGCUGCGCCUGUUUGCGAUACCCCAGAUCAGCUAUGCGUCCACGGCCCCUGAGCUCAGCGACUCCACACGCUACGACUUCUUCUCCCGCGUGGUGCCGCCUGACUCCUACCAGGCCCAGGCCAUGGUGGACAUCGUAAGGGCGUUGGGAUGGAACUACGUGUCCACACUGGCCUCUGAGGGCAACUAUGGCGAGAGCGGGGUUGAGGCCUUUGUGCAGAUCUCCCGUGAGGCUGGGGGCGUCUGUAUUGCCCAGUCCAUCAAGAUUCCCAGGGAACCAAAGCCAGGAGAGUUCAGCAAGGUGAUCAGGAGACUCAUGGAGACACCCAAUGCCCGGGGCAUCAUCAUCUUUGCCAACGAGGAUGACAUCAGGAGGGUCCUGGAGGCUGCACGCCAGGCCAACCUGACUGGCCACUUCCUGUGGGUCGGCUCAGACAGCUGGGGAGCCAAGGUCUCACCUGUCCUGAACCUGGAGGACGUGGCCGUGGGAGCCAUCACCAUCCUGCCCAAAAGGGCCUCCAUUGAUGGAUUUGACCAGUACUUCAUGAGCCGCUCCCUGGAGAACAACCGCCGGAACAUCUGGUUUGCCGAGUUCUGGGAAGAGAAUUUUAACUGCAAACUGACCGGCUCAGGUACCCCGUCAGAUGAUUCCACCCGCAAAUGCACAGGCGAGGAACGCAUCGGCCGGGACUCGACCUACGAGCAGGAGGGGAAGGUGCAGUUUGUGAUCGAUGCUGUGUACGCCAUUGCCCACGCCCUCCACAGCAUGCAGCAGGAUCUCUGUCCCGGGCACACGGGCCUGUGCCCGGCCAUGGAGCCCACCGACGGGCGGACGCUGCUGCAGUAUAUUCGAGCGGUCCGCUUCAAUGGCAGUGCGGGGACCCCUGUGAUGUUCAACGAGAAUGGGGAUGCGCCUGGGCGAUACGACAUCUUCCAGUACCAGGCAGCCAACGGCAGUGCGGGCAGUGGCGGCUACCAGACUGUGGGCCAGUGGGCAGAGGACCUCAGGCUGGACGUGGAAGCCCUACAGUGGUCAGGAGACCCCCACGAAGUGCCCCAGUCUCAGUGCAGCCUCCCCUGUGGGCCGGGAGAACGGAAAAAGAUGGUGAAGGGCGUGCCCUGCUGUUGGCACUGUGAGGCCUGUGAUGGGUACCGCUUCCAGGUGGACGAGUUCACGUGCGAGGCCUGCCCCAGGGACAUGAGGCCCACACGCAACCACACGGGCUGCCGCCCCACGCCCGUGGUCACUCUGACCUGGUCCUCCCCCUGGGCGGCCCCGCCCCUCCUCCUGGCUGUGCUGGGCAUCGUGGCCACCACCACGGUAGUAGCCACCUUCAUGCGGCACAACAACACGCCCAUCGUCCGGGCCUCUGGCCGCGAGCUCAGCUACGUGCUCCUCACCGGCAUCUUCCUCAUCUACGCCAUCACCUUCCUCAUGGUGGCGGAGCCCGGGGCUGCUGUCUGCGCGGCCCGGAGACUCCUCCUGGGCCUGGGCACCACCCUCAGCUACUCUGCCCUGCUCACCAAGACCAACCGCAUCUACCGCAUCUUUGAGCAGGGGAAGCGCUCCGUCACGCCCCCGCCCUUCAUCAGCCCCACCUCUCAGCUGGUCAUCACCUUCAGCCUCACCCUUGUGCAGGUGGUGGGAGUGAUAGCGUGGCUGGGGGCCCAGCCCCCACACAGCGUGAUCGACUAUGAAGAGCAGCGCAUGGUGGACCCGGAGCAGGCCAGAGGGGUGCUCAAGUGCGACAUGUCGGAUCUGUCCCUCAUCGGCUGCCUGGGCUACAGCUUCCUGCUCAUGGUCACAUGCACGGUGUAUGCCAUCAAGGCCCGCGGCGUGCCCGAGACCUUCAAUGAGGCCAAGCCCAUUGGCUUCACCAUGUACACUACCUGCAUCGUCUGGCUGGCCUUUGUGCCUAUCUUCUUUGGCACCGCGCAGUCGGCUGAAAAGAUCUACAUCCAAACCACCACACUGACUGUGUCCUUGAGCCUGAGUGCAUCGGUGUCCCUGGGCAUGCUCUAUGUACCCAAAACCUACGUCAUCCUGUUCCACCCGGAGCAGAAUGUGCAGAAGCGGAAGCGGAGCCUCAAGACGACCUCCACAGUGGCAGCCCCACCCAAGGGCGAGGACGCCGAGGCCCCCAAGUAG